AUGGAUGUCCCCGAGCCAGAACAGACGCCGUUCACGGCUGUGACAGCGCAGACCUCAAAGCUUGCGCGGCAAUACCAAACGUCCCUCGAUGCUCUGACACCCUACACAACCUACCGGUGGAUCGGCACCGUCGUCCUCCUCCUUAUCUUCUUCCUGAGAAUCGUCUUCGCUCAGGGAUGGUACAUCGUCGCAUACACCCUCGGCAUCUACCUCCUGAACCUCUUCCUGCUCUUCCUUCAGCCCAAAUUCGACCCCUCCCUCACCCAAGACGAAGGCCUCGAGGACGGUGACGCCUCCGCCAGCCUCCCCACCAAGCAGGACGACGAGUUCCGCCCCUUCAUCCGCCGCCUCCCCGAGUUCAAGUUCUGGCACUCCGCUACCCGGGCCAUCGCCAUCGGCUUCGUCUGCUCGUGGUUCUCCGUCUUCGACAUCCCGGUCUUCUGGCCCGUCCUGGUGGUCUACUGGAUCAUCCUCUUCGUGUUGACGAUGCGCCGACAGAUUCAGCAUAUGAUCAAGUACCGCUACGUGCCUUUCUCCUUCGGAAAGACCAGAUACGGCCGCUCAUAA